AUGAAGGCUGCUCCCACAAUAGUUGGAUCUGGCUCGGGGACUGCAGCAGUCGCACCCGGCUUGGGGACUUCACAAGCUGGCCCGGGGGCUGCAGCAGCUGGCUCGGGGACUUCGGCAGGCGGCUCGGGGACUACAACAGUUGCACCCGCCCCGGGGACUUCAGAACCCAGCCCAAAGGCUCUAGUAGUCGGCCCGAGGACUUCAAUGACACAGCAAGCGGCGGCCGACUCCAACCUGCCGCCUCCCAACCCAACCGCCCUGGUACUAGUGGCUGUGAUGACAGUGGUAGAAGCACCAUCAUGGGCACAGCCCAUCCUCAACUUCCUGGUGAGCCGAGAGCUACCAGCCGACGAGAUCUUGGCCCGGCAGGUGCAGCGCCGGCUAGUAGCAUACACAAUACUAAACAGAGAGCUUGUCAGGCGCAGCAUGACUGGCGUCUUCCAGCGCUUGGUAGAGCCGGAGAAGGGCAAAGCAAUCCUCAGAGGCAUUCACCAAGGCGAGUGCGGCCACCAUGCGGCCUCCAGAUCCCUUGUCGCCAAAGCUUUCCGCCAAGGAUUCUUCUGGCCGACUGCUUUGGAUGAAGCCAAGGAUUUGGUCAAGAAGUGCAAAGGAUGCCAACGCUUUAGCUCCAAGCAGCACAUGCCGGCUUCUGCACUCAAGACCAUCCCCCUCACUUGGCCGUUUGCCAUGUAG